AUGAUCGCAAACCUUCGUGCGAGCCACGUAAGGCAAGCAGAAAGAUGCCACUGUGGAGGUUACAGCAACACAUCUGGGUUACGCUACGCGGAUCUGCAGGUGGUAUCAGAGACGACACUUUGGAGACUUAUGAAAGGUCUCGGGGGACAGCGGUUCAUAUUUGAACGCGCGGAUUUGUCUCUCAAGAGAUCGUCGUACUUGAGCAAAGUGAAGGAGGCCAGGGAGAGGGGGGACUGCGUGGUCUACAUGGAUGAGACGUGGGUGUUUGAAGGUAUGGUGAAGAGGAAGGGCUGGGUAGACACAACGAUGCCGCGUUUUCCCUCGGCUGAAAUGAUGCGGAACUAUUCUUUCGGGAAGAAUGCUGGAAAAACGAAAGGGAAGCGCGGCAUUCUCAUGACGGCCUUAUCGGAAGACGGUAUUGUACCCGGCCUGCACCCACCCUCCUCCGGACAAGGAGACAAUGUUAGCCUUAGUGCGGUCCGAUAUCACACGUGCGCCAUAUCAACAGAGCGUGCAAAACUCAACUACUUCGUGGAGAGUCGAGGCGGUCUUGCAUCUCUGCGCUGUUAUGCCGCCGAAAAGAUCUGCAGUGAUUUGGGGGUCACCCUAAUCAGGCUACCCCCAUUUCACUGUUUCUUCAACCCGGUGGAAUCGUGUUGGAGUUACCUGAAACAUCGCCUAAACAAGAUCGGCCGACCCACGGAUAAGCUCGAAACAGUAAUAUUAAGGAAGAACUAUUAUUUUGAAGGAGGAUGA